ACAUAACCACUGGUUUCUGGUUAGAAAACAUAAUCAACAGAGAAAGGGAGAGGAGGAGGGAGGGAGAGAGAGAGAGAGAGAGAGCGCGAUGAAGAUGGCAGCUGUGAACAUCUUAUCUCAGCCAUGGCCGCCCACAACAUCUCUCUAUGCUUCCAAUUCCAAUAAUAAUUCUUUUUAUAUUUUAAAUAAUUAUAAUAAUAAUAAGUCCAAUGCUAAUAAUAGUAAAUUACAUUCUUAUCGCCACUCAGCUGUCUCCUCACUCAAUGGACCAAACCCACCAUCCAAGGUCUCUCCAAUGCCCUCCCAAUUCUCCAAGUCUGGCAGUGGAUGUUCCUGGAUGCAAGACAACACCAUGCGUCACAACAAUUCUGCCAGCAGUGAUUGUGGGGAGGGUCCAUUGUAUUCUGUGUUUCCUACGGAGCCUGCAGCAGUUUCUUCUGUGCAGGACCUUUUUAAAUUUAUAUGCUCAGGUCCUUUGAUAGACAAAUUGGGUCUGACCCCAGAAGCAGUGGCGGAGUCCAUUGACAAGUGGUUGGCAUAUGGGUUGCACCUGUGCCGGCUGUUUCAGCUCAAUGAAUUGUAUCUGAACGAGCCUCAGAAAGUUAGGUUGUAUCACUACUAUAUUCCGGUAUUUUUUUGGUGUGAGGAUCAGAUAUCUCAGCACAGAUCUUUGUACAAAGAUGGAGAUGACAUUCCACCCCUAGUGAUUGGUUUCAGUGCACCACAAGGUUGUGGAAAGACUACACUUGUCUUUGCUCUUGGUUAUCUUUUCAAAGUCACGGGCAGGAAGUCUGCCUCAAUAUCCAUUGAUGACUUUUAUUUGACGGCAGAGGGUCAGGCUAAACUAAGAGAAGAAAAUCCAGGAAAUGCACUUUUAGAGUUACGUGGAAAUGCAGGCAGUCACGAUCUUCCAUUCUCUGUUGAAACACUGUCUGCUCUAACUAAAUUAAGUAAAGAAGGUAUGAAGAUGAAGCUACCCCGAUAUGAUAAGUCUGCUUACAGUGGAAAAGGCGACAGGGCUGAUCCUUCAACAUGGCCAGAGGUUGAAGGGCCACUUACAGUUGUUCUCUUUGAAGGUUGGAUGCUUGGUUUCAAACCCCUUCCCAUGGAAGUUGUCAAAGCAGUUGAUUCACAGCUAGAGACGGUAAAUAAAAAUCUUGAAGUGUAUUAUGAUGCGUGGUACAAGUUCAUUAAAGCAUGGAUAAUUAUCAAGAUCAAGGACCCGAGCUGUGUCUACCAAUGGCGUUUGCAGGCUGAGAUUGCCAUGAGAGAGGCAGGGAAUCCGGGAAUGUCCGAUGAUGAGGUAAAAGACUUUGUUUCGCGAUACUUGCCAGCAUACAAUGCCUACCUUCCCACCCUUUACUCUGAAGGACCAGAAGGGUCGGACCCAAAGCACCUCAUCGUCGUGGAAAUCGAUGAGGGAAGGAACCCUAUCCUUGGUAACUAGGUGAAAUAGUUUGAGAGAUGAGAUCCAUUGAAUCCCAAUUUUGAUUUAUUGGAGAUGUCAUUUGGUAGGGGUGGCUGGUCUUACAGAAGCAUCAUGUAAUGAAAAACAUUUCAAUGUAAAGAAAUAUUGUGCAAUUACAAUUCCCGCCAGUAUCCAUUUGGCAAAUUGGUAAUAAAACUUGUGAAGGAUUCGCUGCUUGGUUGUUCAAAA